CUGUGAGCAAGUACGUUCUCGAUCCGGCUUAGGACCAGGUGGCCAAAGGGAGCUUCAUUCGUGGUAGGCAGCGCUGCUGCAGAGACCCGGCGAGGAGCCUGAUUUAGGCGGAGCGGGGUGCGGGGCUGCUGAGAGGAAAGGGAGGGCGCUGCAGUAGCAGCCCCCUCGGGCACCUCCAAGUCCCAGGGCUGGGAAGGUGGGCAGGACUCCCAUCUGCGCGCGCGCAAAAAAGGAGACACGCACCGAUGAGGACUUGGGGGGCCACAGACGAGCCGUCGACGAGCCUUUGAGACGAGAGCCCCCCACCCUCCAAAAAAUUAAAUAGCCCUCCGAGAGAGACGCUUUGCAAGCCGCUGGAGACGUGAGAUCUCUCCCCGCCGCGUGCAGCAGCCAUGGGGAACCGAGGAAUGGAGGAUCUCAUCCCCCUGGUCAACCAGCUCCAGGAUGCCUUCGCUGCCAUCGGCCAGAAUGCCAACCUGGACCUGCCCCAGAUCGCUGUGGUCGGAGGGCAGAGCGCCGGGAAGAGCUCCGUCCUGGAGAAUUUCGUCGGAAGGGACUUCUUGCCCCGUGGAUCUGGCAUUGUCACCAGGCGUCCCUUGGUCCUGCAACUGGUCAACUCCCCCACAGAAUAUGGUGAGUUCCUACACUGCAAAGGAAAGAAGUUCACUGACUUUGAUGAGAUACGUCAGGAGAUCGAGGCUGAGACUGACAGGAUAACUGGCUCAAACAAGGGCAUCUCUCCUGUCCCAAUCAAUCUGCGAGUCUACUCUCCCCAUGUCCUGAGUCUGACCCUGGUGGAUCUUCCCGGGAUGACUAAGGUUCCAGUUGGAGACCAGCCUGCUGACAUUGAGUUCCAGAUCCGUGAAAUGCUAAUGCAGUUUGUCACCAAAGAGAACUGCCUCAUCCUUGCAGUGUCCCCAGCAAAUUCAGACCUGGCCAACUCUGAUGCUCUCAAGAUUGCUAAAGAAGUCGACCCUCAAGGCCAGCGUACCAUUGGUGUUAUCACGAAAUUGGACCUGAUGGAUGAAGGAACUGAUGCUCGUGAUGUCCUAGAGAACAAGCUGCUUCCACUACGGAGAGGCUACAUUGGUGUGGUCAACAGAAGCCAGAAGGAUAUUGAUGGAAAGAAGGAUAUUCAGGCUGCGUUGGCUGCAGAGAGGAAGUUCUUUCUCACCCACCCAGCGUACAGGCACAUGGCCGAUCGUAUGGGCACGCCCUACCUGCAGAAAGUACUGAACCAGCAACUGACCAAUCAUAUCCGAGACACAUUGCCAGGCCUGCGAAACAAACUCCAGAGCCAGCUUCUCUCCAUUGAGAAAGAAGUGGAAGAAUACAAGAACUUCCGCCCUGAUGACCCUGCCCGCAAGACCAAAGCUCUGCUUCAAAUGGUCCAGCAGUUUGCUGUCGACUUCGAGAAGCGCAUUGAAGGCUCUGGCGAUCAGAUCGAUACCUAUGAGCUGUCUGGAGGUGCCAGGAUCAACCGCAUCUUCCACGAGAGAUUCCCCUUUGAGUUGGUGAAGAUGGAAUUUGAUGAGAAGGAGCUGCGAAGAGAGAUCAGCUACGCCAUCAAGAACAUCCAUGGAAUCAGAACCGGUCUCUUCACGCCCGACAUGGCCUUUGAGACCAUUGUGAAAAAGCAGGUGAAGAAGAUUAAAGAGCCUUGCCUGAAAUGCGUGGAUAUGGUGAUUUCGGAGUUAAUCAAUACCGUUAGACAGUGCACCAAGAAGCUCAGCCAAUACCCACACCUACGGGAGGAAAUGGAACGAAUUGUUACAACCCACAUCCGCGAUCGAGAGAGCAGAACCAAAGAUCAGGUCAUGCUCCUGAUAGAUAUUGAACUAGCCUACAUGAACACAAACCAUGAAGAUUUUAUUGGAUUUGCCAAUGCUCAGCAAAGGAGUAGCCAGAUGAGCAAGAAGAAAACAGCUGGGAAUCAGGAUGAGAUCCUGGUGAUCCGCAAGGGCUGGCUCACCAUCAACAACAUUGGCAUCAUGAAGGGUGGCUCCAAAGAGUACUGGUUCGUCCUGACGGCUGAGAACCUCUCAUGGUACAAGGACGAUGAGACAUUCUUGCGGGAAAAAGAGAAGAAGUACAUGUUGCCAGUGGAUAAUCUGAAGGUGCGGGAUGUCGAGAAGGGCUUCAUGUCCAGCAAGCACAUCUUUGCCCUCUUCAACACUGAGCAGAGGAAUGUGUACAAAGAUUACCGGCAGCUGGAGCUGGCCUGUGAGACCCAGGAGGAGGUGGAUAGCUGGAAGGCCUCCUUCUUGCGUGCAGGAGUUUACCCGGAGCGUGUUGGGGACAAAGACAAAGCCAGUGAGUCGGAAGAGAAUGGAUCUGACAGCUUGAUGCAUUCCAUGGACCCUCAGCUGGAGAGACAGGUGGAAACCAUCAGGAACCUUGUAGACUCCUACAUGGCCAUUGUCAACAAGACCAUCCGUGACCUCAUGCCUAAGACCAUCAUGCACCUUAUGAUAAACAAUACAAAGGACUUUAUCCACUCGGAGCUGCUGGCAAACCUGUAUUCCUGUGGAGACCAAAACACACUGAUGGAAGAAUCAGUCGAGCAAGCCCAGCGGCGUGACGAGAUGCUGCGCAUGUACCAUGCCUUGAAGGAGGCACACCACAUCAUCGGGGACAUCAACACCACCACCAUCAGCACUCCCUUGCCUCCGCCGGUGGACGACUCCUGGCUGCAGGUGCAGAACAUACCGUCCGGACGCAGGUCUCCCACAUCCAGCCCUACACCCCAGAGGAGAGCUCCUGCAGUCCCCCCAGCCAGACCUGGAUCGCGAGGCCCGGCUCCUGGACCACCGCCUGCUGGUGGUCCCACUCUGGGUGGUGCUCCUCCUGUGCCCUCUAGGCCUGGGGCCUCCCCUGAUCCUUUUGGGCCUCCCCCUCAGGUUCCAUCUCGGCCCAACCGUGCACCUCCCGGUGUCCCCAGAAUCACUAUCAGUGACCCUUGAAGAUUGGCAGCUACGCCGGAAGGGCCCUGCCUCACCUACUCGACCCACCAUAAUCCGACCAGCUGAACCAUCCCUCUUAGAUUUAUAACCCGAGGCCUGUAGAAAGCUGGCAACAAGUUCUGUGCCCGGGGUUCUCCCCGCCCCAGCAACCCAACCCCUUGUUCCUCCCACAGGCACCUUCACUCCCCUCCUUCCCCCAUGUCGUAAAAUGCUCGUUAGUGAUUGAGCUCUUCUUCGUCUUCUCUCGUGCAUCCUGUAUUGCUUUGUGAGCGUAGAGUAGUCCUAGUUCAGUGGCAUGGGGAACUUGGAAGGACAUAAGAUCUUUGGAGCAUUGUUUUUACAGGAGCAUUGCUGUGCACCAAAAUGGCAGUUGUGGACAACCUGCCUGGUCUGCGCAUAGCGUCCUGCCUGCGUUGGUUAGCUGUAGCAUCUAGCUCUAAUCUAUAGCUACGUAACAAUUCCCCCCCCCUACUAUAGUUAAGAUGAAAAUUCUGGAAGAGGAUAACACAUGAAGAUAAUGUUAACAAAAACGUUUUAACAUGCUUGAACAUUCUUGGUAACGUCUGGUAUGUGGGUUUGAGAGUCAAAGUGCAAACUUUAGGGAACAGUUGAUACAGCCUUCUCUCAAGCUGGGGACAGGAGGGCUUACUGAAUAAUGCCGUCUUGCAGACCAAGAAUUCUCUAUCUCAAGGUGGAAGGAACCAACACAAUGUGCUACUCUCCGUUUUUUGAAGUAGCAAAGGAAGGUUAAGAGAGGCUGGUAUUUCCAGGCAGCUGGCUUGUAUUACCACUUACAACUGACUUUCCACAAAGCAGGAGAGAGGUUGAUAGCCUUCCUCUCCACAGCAAUGGACCAUCUGAUAUUUCCAGGAGUGGGCUGUGUGUUUUAGUGCAACUACCAUUGCUUCAGACAAACAAACAAAAACACUACUCGUUUGAUGUCAUGACGAUUCUGUUGAUUCUUCCAACCUUCACUUCUUGCAUGCUGAUGGUACAAAUAUGUAAUGUGGGGGAAAAUGUGUGUAACUGCUAGUCUUGACAUCCUCUUCUCUGGCUUCUUUAUGUAUAUGUUGAGGGGUAAAUAUAGAAAUAUUUAAAGUGGGGUGGGGGAAAAGAUCUGCAACAUCCUGUCUUUUUGAAAGCCAGCUUUAGACAUCCUCCUUGGAAAAUUUCAGCCAUCCCCACUUACAAUUUUUGUUCCUUUUAUCCCAGUGCUGUUACUUUUAAUUUUCUGUUGAAGAUCCUCGACGUCAACUUCUGAUGUCCAAUCCUUUCCAUAUUUUAACUGUUGUUUUACAUUUUUGUCCCUCUCCCUCUCUCUCUCCCCCCUUGUUUUUUCUUUUGUGUUCUUGUCUCUCUUUCCUUGAAUUCCAGCCGCCCUGGCAAAGCUAGUCCCUCCCGCCCGGAGAGUCCAAAACCACCAUUUGACAUGUAACCCUGCUCCCUUCUUGAGAUCCAUCCUUUAUCUGCCUCUUAGCUGUUCUGUCCUGGAAUGGUCCAACGCACAUGUUAAGAACACAGCUUUGUUCUGUUGUAGCUUGUGGCUUGCACAUAUCAGAUGUGACUCUAGUGAAACUGGCUUUUCUUCCUCCCAGUUGCUUUAAAGGAAUUUAAACAAAAAAAUGAGCUAUAUUGUAGUAAUGAGAAACAUAUCUUUACUGUUAUAUAAAUAUCUAUAAAUAUCUAUAAAUAUAAAGAUCUAAAUAUAUAUGGUGUCCAGAUGUUUUAAGCCUUUAAUGCUUCUGAUGUUUGAGUUUAGCAAAUACUUGAGUAAGGAGAUUAUAUAUAAUGUACACAUGUGCACCCAACAAAAUAUAACCCACACCCAGAAGUCUGAGAUUGUCAACUCCCUGCUGUACACGGUUGGGUUAUUGUUGCCCCAAAAUUGUGGUGAAUCUUCGCAGUGCUGCUAGUAUCUGUGAUGCUGUCUGUGAUCUGUCAACUCUUGUUUAUUGGCUGAAAAAUAAACUAUUAUUUCUGUAUAACUGAGUACUCCAUGUCUAGAAUAAAACACUCUCUCAGUG